AUGAAAGUGCAGAGCCCGCUUAUGGGAGUUGGCGGUUGGUACGAAAGCCUGGCGGCCGCUUGGCUCGCGGACAUGAGGAGUAAGCAGGUCCCCACCUCCACCACCUCGGCCAGGCGGCUCGCAUCCUUAAUCCGCCCGCUGGCCGGCGGAGGGUCCGAGGGCAAGCCCCUGGAGGAGGAGGAGGAGCGGGGUGGUUCGCCGCUGGGCCCCGGCGGGCCCUUCCACUGCGGACAGUGCCGGGGCGCGUACCCCACGCGCGAGCAGCUUGAGCGCCACGAGACACUGCACGCGCCCAGCACUCAGGUGGAUACAAACAAAUAUACUUGUAAGAUCUGCCACAAAAGCUUCUUCAAUGUGUACCGACUGCAACGACACAUGAUCAGCCACGACGAGAGCGCCGGAUUGCGCAAGUACAAAUGCAACGACUGCGACAAAGCGUUCAAGUUUAAGCAUCACCUCAAGGAACACCUUAGAAUACACAGUGGAGAGAAACCCUUUGAAUGUGCCAACUGCGGCAAGAAGUUCUCCCACUCCGGCUCGUACUCGAGCCACACGACCUCGAAGAAGUGUCUGGUCAUGAACCUAAAAAUGGGUCGGAUAAAACCCAACAACCCAGCUCUCAACCCUGGUCGUAAUCAAUCGCGAAAACGUGCGAAUGCGAUGGACGCAUCACAGCUUAACAACAACAUAGUGCCAAACGGGAACUCCUUCCUGCCCAUCAUGCCAAAGUACAAUGACGCUGCGGCGUUUUUUGCCUCCAUGUCCUCGCAAGAGAACAACUUCCACCGUCCAGCUCUAGGACAGCCUGGUAUUCCAUUUUACAUACCUCCAGGUAUGCCAAUGAGCCCGGCGAGCGGUAUUGCACCUUACAGUUUUCCUACGUCACUGAGCCAAUUUUUUGAGCAGAUCAGAACCUCAACACAAUAUCAACAGAGAAAAAUAGAAAAUGUUUCUAGUCCCAAAAUGAAUAAUCCACCAGCCGCCGACCCGGAAGAUAUGAUAGAAGAAGUUACUGAGGAAGAAGAUAAACGCUCCGAGGGCAGUGCGGAACUCGUGAUGGAUAUAGAAGAUGAGGAGACAAUCACCGUUAAAAAAGAGCGCGAUGAUCGAGAAAAUGAAUAUCGGCAGGAAUGUCGCAAUUAUGACACGAUUGUUCCGAAUGACACCCACCACGAUGCUGAUUACAAUGAUCCGAGUUUCGAUAAAAUAUUGAAAUCUUUAAGCGAAACAGUAACUAAGCAUUUCUUUAAAGUUAAGAAACUCAAUUCUCACCAUGAUCAAGUUUUGCCUUCCACUGACUCAUCACCUUGCUCACCUCAAGCUGUGGUCAAAGAGGAAAUUGAUGAUGAUCAUGUAUGUCUCAAAUGUAGUUUGGCGUUCAAAGACAAGAACGAUUUAAUAGAGCACGAAAAAUUGGUUUGUGGAAAUCUAUUUAGGAAACACGAAGGGCUUGCCGCUCAGGUAGCCGAAACCGUUGCUCUUAAUAGGUUAGAAGCCGAAAUGCGCGCUUCAAUACAGAGCGGAGUAAGCGCUAGUGAAGACGAAGAUUUCGCUAAAGAGGAUCGUGAUGAUAAAAUAUCCAAUCACGAUACAGAUAGAAAAAUUCGAGUGCGAACCGCUUUGAGUGAAGAGCAGCAAUUGAUUUUAAAAGAGCAUUACUCUAUUAAUCCACGGCCGAACAGGGAGGAGUUUAAGAAAAUCGCCCAACAGAUUGGACUUGACAAUCGAGUUGUGCAGGUGUGGUUCCAGAAUAAUAGAGCAAGAGUGCGUCGAAUGACUCAAACUGUCGCGCUGUCGGAUCAACCCUUGGACUUAUCGACGAAGAAGUCCAGUGUGUCCGUGACAUCUAGUCCGUUGCCGUCGCCGCCUUGUAGCAUUACAGUGACACAUUCCGACUCUGAGGAAGCAGUGAACCUGAGCCAGAAGUCGUCGCGCAGCACGACGCCCCAGCGUAACAACAACGUCACGACGUAUUCACAUUCCAAUUGCUCGUCCUCCUCGUUCAACGACUUCAGACUAUCGCCACUACCGGGCGAAUCGGUUAACGGUCACAAGCGGCCGAUGUCGCAGAAGAUGCCCAUCAAUCCCAUCAUGCCGAUGGACAAGCUUCUGCAAUACAACGAGAUGUCGAAAGCUCGAUCCCCGAUACUCAAUCUGCAGAACAUGAGCACGGACCCCAACCGACAGGGGCUGAGCCCGUGCUACGAUCGCCCAGCCUGGGUCGAAAUGCAACCGCCAAACGAAUUCGACGACGACGCCGCGCGACUCAAGAGGAGCAAAUUGAAAGCGGAAAUAAAGGAGGGUGAGGGGCAGUUCGUUUGCAAUCAAUGCGAUAAAACGUUCGUAAAGCAAAGUUCACUGGCGAGGCACAAGUACGAGCAUUCAGGUCAACGUCCGUACAAGUGCGAGGAAUGUCCGAAGGCUUUCAAACACAAACACCAUCUGACGGAGCACAAGCGGCUGCACACAGGAGAGAAACCCUUCCAGUGCUGCAAGUGCCUCAAGAAGUUCUCCCACUCAGGCUCCUACAGCCAGCACAUGAACCAUAGGUUUGCCAUUUGCAAGCCUUAUAGGGAU